AUGGAGACAUCAGCCCCUGCUGGCCUGCCAACAUCUGUGUCCCAGCGAGCACGUUACGCCACCUACUUUGACGUGGCAGUGCUGCGCUGCCUCCUGCAGCCCCACUGGACGGAGGAGGGCGUGCACUGGGCCCUGAUGUAUUACCUCCAGCGCCUGAGGCAGAUCCUGGAGGAGAGACCUGAACGCACCCCGGAACCCCUGGUCACGCCUCUGCCACGCCCGCGCAGCAGCUCCAUGGUCGCUGCAACACCCUCGCUGGUCAACACUCACAAGACCCAGGAUAUGAGUCUGAAAUGCAACGAAGAGGGCAAAUCUCUGAGCACAGAGACCUUUACAAAGGUGUCUCUGACUAACCUCCGUCGACAGGCAGUCCCUGACCUGUCCUCUGACCUGGGCAUGAACAUCUUCAAGAAGUUCAAGAACCGGCGUGAGGACCGGGAGAGGAAGGGCUCCAUCCCCUUCCAUCACGCAGGAAAGAAGCGUCAGCGCCGUAUGGGGGUUCCCUUCCUGCUUCACGAGGACCACCUGGACGUCUCGCCCACCCGCAGCACCUUCUCCUUCGGAAGCUUCUCGGGCCUGGGUGACGAUCGUCGAGCUCUCGACCGCGGGGGCUGGCAGGCCACGAUCAUGGGCAAAUUCACACGGAGGGGCAGCACGGACACAGCUGCAGACGCGGACAGCCUGAGCGCCAAGCACUCUCACUCCCACCACUCUCUCCUCAGAGACAUGCCCGACCACUCCAACAGCCACAGCGAUAACACCGUCAAAGAGGUUCGAUCUCAGAUCUCCACCAUCACCAUGGCGGCAUUCAACACGACGGUGGCGUCCUUCAACGUGGGCUACGCCGACUUCUUCACCGAGCACAUGAAGAGACUCUGUAACCCCGUUGCCGUCCCCGAGCUCCCUGUGGAGCCGCUGGCCUGCGCCAACCUGCCACGCAGCCUCACCGACUCCUGCAUCAACUACUCCUGUCCGGAAGAAGGGGAGAACAUCGAGGGGACAAAUAACUUUGUGCUGAAGAAUGGCAUGCUGGACCUCACUGCUGUCCUGCGAGCACUGUAUGCUGUCCUCAGUCACGACAUCAGCUCCAGGAUCUGCGACGUGGCCCUCAACAUCAUCGACUGCCUGCUGCAGCUGGGCGUGGUGCCCGGCAUGGGCAAGAAACUGUCCAAGCCUGACAACAAGGAGAACCAGGAGGCAAGAGCCAAAGACCCGGCCGGUCAAGGCCUCGGGGGAGGCGCCCAGGGAGGCGGCGCAGUCCCAGGGGCAGGAGCAGAUGGAGGGGGAGAUGGAGGCGGAGGUGGAGGAGGAGGAGGGGGAAGUGGUGGAGGGAGUGGGCAGGGGAGCAAAGAUGAUGUCAAGAAUAACAAAGAAAAUGAUAAAAAGGAAGAAGGCUCCAGUCUCAGCACCCACCGCCUGGCUCUGACCAUGCUGAUAAAGAUAGUCAAGUCUCUGGGCUGCGCCUACGGCUGUGGCGAGGGGCACCGCGGACUGUCAGGAGAUCGCCUCAGGAUGCAGGCCCAGAACUGCCUGACUAGCCUGUAUAAGCUGGACAAGCUGCAGUUUCGCCAGACAAUGCGCGAGUAUGUGAAUAAAGACUCUCUGAAUAACAUUGUGGACUUCCUGCAUGCACUGCUGGGCUUCUGCAUGGAGCCCAUUACUGACAAGUACGGCAGUGCAGGUGAGAGGUCCAGGAGGGCGAAAAAAAGAAACAUCGACAAGGCGGGCUUCGGGAACAACUUCACCACGGGAGACAACAAGUCCGUGGCCCAGAACAUGGAGGCGGUGGUGGUGGGCUGCAUGUUCAAGUCCCUCAUCACCCGCUGCGCCUCGACCACGCACGAGCUGCACAGUCCCGAGAACCUGGGUCUGUACUGCGACAUCCGCCAGCUGGUGCAGUUCAUUAAGGAGGCCCACGGAAAUGUGUUCCGCAGGGUGGCACUGAGCGCGCUCCUGGACAGCGCCGAGAAGGUCACCGCCGCAAAGAAACCCGAAGAGAAGGAAGAGACCAAGCAGCCUGGACCCAGGAGGUCAGAGGCGGGUGUGUCCGGGGAGAAGGGUCAGGUGUCCAGUGCUGCAGAUGAGUGUCGCAGCUACAUCUCCAGUAGACCCCCCCAGACACCCGAACAUGAGGAACAGAUCCCGGGCGCUCUGCUGGGCAGGAAGGAUUUUUGGAGGAAGAUGUUCAAGUCGCAGAGUGCCGCCAGCGACACAAGCAGCCAGUCAGAGCAGGACACCUCAGAGUGCACCACUGCCCACUCUGGCACCACCACCGACCGGCGCUCUCGGUCCAGGUCCCGUCGCAUCUCACUUCGCAAGAAGCUGAAGCUGCCUAUAGGCAACUGGCUAAAGCGUUCUUCUCUCUCUGGACUGACUGACGGUGUUGAGGACCUGCUGGACAUCAGCUCAGUGGAUCGACUCUCCUUCAUACGACAGAGUUCGAAGGUGAAGUUCACCAGUGCGGUGAAGCUGUCAGAAGGGGGCGCUGCAGGGCCGGAGUACGGCAGGGACGAGGAGGAGAAUUUCUUCAAGCGGCUCGGUAAAUGGAGGUCUGGCAGGAGGAAUCCAUCCAAGCUUCACCACACAGAAGAGAAAGAUGGUCCCCACGGUUUUCAGGAGCGUCUCGCAGCCAGUCAGGAGGCCAUGAAGAACAAGAAUGUGGUCAAUUUGGGCGCCAUUCGACAGGGUAUGAAACGCUUCCAGUUUCUCCUGAACUGCUGCGAACCGGGAACCAUACCUGACGCCUCCAUCCUUGCUGCCGCUCUGGACCUGGAAGCUCCAGUUGUGGCCCGGGCCUCCCUCUUCCUCGAAUGUGCCCGAUUUGUCCACCGCUGCAACCGUGGCAACUGGCCAGAGUGGAUGAAAGGCCACCAUGUCAAUAUCACCAAGAGAGGCCUGUCGAGGGGCCGAUCCCCUAUUGUGGGCAACAAAAGAAACCAGAAACUCCAGUGGAACGCUGCCAGACAUUUCUGCCAGUGGGGAGACGCAAUCGGCACGAGGCUCAGUGAACUCUGUCACUCUGACAGCGAGAGCCCCGCCAACAUCCUGGGCUACAUUUAUGAUGAAGAAACCAAACGGAGAAUGAGAAAAGAAGAUGAGGAAGAGGACUAUUUAGAUGACAACACAGUCAAUCCUACAAAAUGUGGCUGCCCCUUUGCUCUGAAGAUGGCUGCCUGCCAGCUCUUGUUAGAAAUCACCACUUUCCUGCGAGAGACCUUUCCCUGCCUACCACGCCCGCGCACUGAGCCUCUUGUGGACCUCGACAGCUGCCGCCUGCGUUUAGACCCGGAGCUUGGCCGCCAUCGCUACGAGAGGAAGAUCAGCUUCGCAGGCAUUCUUGAUGAUGAGGACGGACACGACUCGCUCAACAGCAGCAGCCAUACGCUCAAGUCUGACACCACUUGUGAUGACAAGAAGACACAGGAAACUCAGGAUAAUCUCUCUCCACUCCCCUCCUCUCCAGCGCCCAUCCGUAAGAUUCGUAUCGGAGGCUCCCGGCUGCUUCAGAUCAAAGGGGCCCGCAGUUUCCGUGUAAAGAAAGGUGGCUCCCUGUCCUCCAUACGCCGGGCAGGGAGCCUCAAGAGCACCAAGCUGUCACGGCAGGACUCAGAGUCUGAGAACGAGGAGGGCCUGCUGUCACAAACACACAGCAGGGACACUGUUACUGACAUUGGCAGUCCCUUCAGCACCAGCGAACCCAGCAUAGAGCCAGAGGGCCAGGGCUCAGGAGGAGCAGAGGACAACUACCACCGCAACAUGUCCUGGCUCCACAUUAUGAUCCUGCUGUGCAACCAGCAGAGCUUCAUCUGCACCCACAUAGACUUCUGCCACCCGCACUGCUACCAGCACCACAGCCGCUCCUGCGCCCGUCUGGUCCGCGCCAUCAAGCUCGUGUACGGUGAGACGGUGGACAGCCUGAGAGAGGACAGCGCCUCCUCUGGCAACAUUGGGGCCCGUGCAAAGAAAAACAAAGAGUGUUCUGACAAGUCUUGCCUGAGGACCCCGUCCAUGAAGAGAAGACCCACUGACUCCAACGCAGAAGGGAAGAAAGAUACAGGCAUGCUCAAGUACAUCCGCAACCAGGUGAUGAGCCUGUCACCGGCUCCGCUUUCGCUGCUGAUCAAAGCAGCUCCCAUCUUGACCGACGACAUGUACGGAGACAUCCAGCCCGCUGCCUGGGAACUCCUGCUCAGUGUGGAUGAACAUAUGGCAGCUGCUGCCGCUGCCAUGUUCCUUCUGUGUGCGGUAAAGGUCCCCGACGCGGUGACCGAAAUGAUGAUGGCGGAGUUCCAGCACCAGGAGGCCUGCCAGCGCAUCAACUCCAUCCUGAAGUUUUACACUCUGUGGCGUUUCCGCUACCAGGUGUGGCCCCGCAUGGAGGAAGGAGCCCAGCAGAUCUUUAAGAUCCCUCCACCCAGCAUCAACUUCACUCUGCCAUCUCCUAUACUGGGCAUGCCCUGUGUCCCCAUAUUCGACCCCCCCUGGGUGCCCCAGAACACUGGCAGCGUCCAGGACCCGAUCAAUGAAGACCAGUCCAAAUCUUUCUCGGCGAGGGCGGUGUCGCGCUCCCACCAGCGGGCCGAGCACAUCCUGAAGAACCUGCAGCAGGAGGAGGAGAAGCGGCGGCUGGGCCGCGAGGCCAGCAUCAUCACGGCCAUCCCUGUGGCUCAGGAGGCCUGCUACGAGCCCACGUGCAGCCCACCGCCUGAGCAGGAGGAGGAAGCAGAAGAAGUGGUGAACCUGGCGUCACGCCGUCUGUCUGUCAGCCCAUCCUGCGCCUCCAGUAACUCCCACAGAAACUACUCUUUCCGUCGGGGCUCCGUGUGGUCUGUCCGCUCGCUGGCCAGUGCUGAAGACGAAGAGAACACGACAGAACACACUCCUACUCACCACAUGCUGCAGCCGCCCCAAGCUGUCUUCCCAGCAUGCAUCUGUGCUGCCGUCCUACCAAUAGUGCACCUCAUGGAGGACGGGGAGGUUCGAGAGGACGGCGUGGCUGUGAGUGCUGUGGCCCAGCAAAUCCUCUGGAACUGCCUGAUUGAAGAUCCGGCCCUGGUUCUCCGCCACUUCCUGGAAAAACUAACAGUGAGCAACAGACAGGAUGAGCUGAUGUACAUGCUGAGGAAGCUCCUGCUCAACAUCGGAGAUCUGCCGGCCCAGACUUCUCAUAUCCUCUUCAACUACCUUGUGGGACUGAUCAUGUACUUUGUGCGGACUCCCUGUGAGUGGGGCAUGGAUGCCAUCUCGGCCACACUGACCUUCCUGUGGGAGGUGGUCGGCUAUGUGGAGGGGCUGUUCUUCAAGGACCUGAAGCAGACCAUGAAGAAGGAGCAGUGUGAGGUCAAACUGCUGGUCACUGCAUCUAUGCCAGGAACCAAAACCCUGGUGGUGCACGGGCAGAACGAAUGUGACAUCCCGACACAGCUCCCAGUCCACGAAGACACUCAGUUUGAAGCGCUGCUGAAGGAGUGUCUUGAAUUUUUCAACAUUCCCGAGGCCAGAUCAGCACACUACUUCCUUAUGGACAAACGAUGGAACCUCAUCCAUUAUUCCAAGACAUAUGUAAGAGACAUCUACCCCUUCCGGAGGUCAGUCUCUCCACAGCUCAACCUGGUCCACAUGCUGCCAGAUAAAGGACAAGAGCUCAUCCAGAAACAGGUGUUUUCCCGUAAACUAGAGGAGGUCGGUCGGGUCCUCUUCCUCAUCUCCCUAACACAACACAUGCCGGCCGUGCACAAGCAAUCCCACGUCUCCCUGCUGCAGGAAGACCUCCUCCGUCUGCCCUCCUUCCCGCGAACUGCCAUCGAUGCAGAGUUCUCGUUGUUCAAUGAGCCACAAGGUAAGGAGUUGUUUGGGUUGGACACCCUCCACAAGGUGCUGUGGAUCAAGCUGCUGGAGGAAAUGUUUCUGGGCAUGCCCAGUGAGUACCCGUGGGGCGACGAGAUGAUGCUGUUCCUCAACGUCUUCAAUGGGGCAUUGCUGCUGCACCCGGAGGACAGCGCCCUCCUCAGGCAGUACACAGCAACUGCCAUCAACACCGCUGUGCACUUCAACCAUCUCUUCUCUCUGAGCGGUUACCAGUGGAUUCUGCCAACCAUGCUUCAGGUCUAUGCCGACUAUGAGAGCAACCCUCUACUGAGGCAGGGCAUCGAGUUCUGCUGCCGGCAAUUCUACAUCCUCCACCGCAAACCCUUCAUCCUGCAGCUGUUUGCAAGUGUGGCUCCGCUGCUAGAGUUCACAACCAGCACUAGCACUGGUCUGUCCAAAGGAGUGUCAGCCCAGUGUCUGUUUGACCUGCUGGUGUCUCUGGAGGGGGAGACCCAGGAUGCCCUGGACGCUCUGGAGCUGGUCAAGGCUGAGAAACCUCUACGCUCUCUAGAUUUUUGUUAUGGUAAUGAGGACUUGGCCUUUUCUAUCAGCGAGGCCAUCAAGCUGUGUGUCACUGUGGUUGCCUACGCCCCCGAAUCCUUCAGGAGUCUGCGCAAUCUCCCCAGUCUCCAGAUGCUGAUGGUGCUGGAGGCCUUGGUUCCCUGCCACCUCCAGAAGCUGAAGAGCACCACGGUUACGAUGGAGUCGGCUUCAGCUGCCAGGGACGAGAUUGCCGCCAUCGCUGCCCUGGCCACGUCCCUGCAGGCCCUCCUCUACAGCUCAGAGGCCCUGACAAGGCCCAUGACAGCCCCACAGAUGUCCCGCUGCGAUCAGGGCCAUAAGGGGGGCACCACAGCUAACCACACCAUGUCAGGAGGGGUCAAUACCAGGGACAACCUCCACCUACUGGAGGAGGGCCAGGGCAUGCCGAGGGAGGAGCUGGACGAGCGCAUCGCCAGGGAGGAGUUCCGCCGGCCGCGGGAGUCCCUGUUAAACAUCUGCACUGAGUUUUACAAACACUGCGGGCCGCGACUCAAAAUCCUGCAGAACGUUGCCGGUGAGCCCCGGGUCACAGCCCUGGAGCUGCUGGACAUCAAGUCCCACAUGAGGCUGGCAGAGAUUGCACACGCCCUGCUGAAGCUCGCGCCCUACGACACCCUGACCAUGGAGAGCCGAGGGCUGCGGCGCUACAUCAUGGAGAUGCUGCCCAUCACCGACUGGUCGUCCGAGGCCGUUCGCCCCGCCCUCAUCCUCAUCCUCAAGAGGCUGGACCGCAUGUUCAACAAAAUCCACAAGAUGCCUACGCUCAGGAGACAGGUGGAGUGGGAGGCGGCCAGCAGCCUGAUCGAGGGGAUCUGCCUGACCCUGCAGCGACAGCCGAUCAUCUCUUUCCUCCCACACCUUCGCUCGCUGAUCAACGUCUGUGUCAACCUGGUCAUGGGUGUGGUUGGUCCCUCCAGCGUGGCAGAUGGGCUACCUCUGCUCCACCUCAGCCCCUACCUCUCCCCUCCGCUUCCUUUCAGCACAGCAGUGGUCCGGCUGGUUGCCCUGCAGAUCCAGGCCUUGAAGGAUGACUUCCCGCUCAGUCAUGUGAUCUCACCUUUCACCAAUCAGGAGAGGCGGGAGGGGAUGCUGCUCAACUUGCUCAUUCCCUUUGUGCUGACUGUGGGCUCUGGAAGCAAAGACAGUCCCCAUCUUGAGCAGCCCGAGAUCUUCCUGCUGCUCCAGACCGUGAUCAACAUCCUCCUGCCUCCUCGGAUCAUCUCCACCUCUCGCACCAAGAACUUCAUGCUGGACGCUUCGCCGGCUCACUGCUCCACCCCGGGCGACACGGGCAAGGAUCUGCGCAGAGAGGGACUAGCGGAGUCCACCAGCCAGGCUGCAUAUCUGGCGCUGAAGGUGGUGUUGGUUUGCUUUGAGCGGUCGCUGGGAAACCAGUGGUACCGGCUGAGCCUGCAGGUGAAAGAGAUGGCUCUGAGGAAGGUGGGCGGCCUGGCCUUUUGGGACUUCAUUGACUUCAUUGUCCGAACCCGUAUCCCUAUUUUUGUCCUGCUGAGACCAUUCAUCCAGUGCAAGCUGUUGACCCAGCCUGCCGACUCCCAGGAGGAGAUCACAGCACGUCACCACAUCGCCGACCAGCUGGAGCGACGCUUCAUCCCGAGACCUCUCUGCAAGAGCUCCCUGUUUGCAGAAUUCAACAAUGAACUCAAGAUCCUCAAAGAGGCUGUGCACAGCGGCUCUGCCUACCAGGGCAAGACGUCCAUCAGCACGGUGGGCACCUCUACGUCAGCCUAUCGCCUCAGUUUGGCCACGAUGUCGCGCUCCAACACGGGCACCGGCACAGUUUGGGAGCAGGAAAGCCAACCAUCGCGCCAACCCUCCCAAGACACACUCAGCCGCACUGAUGAGGACGAUGAAGAGAAUGACUCCAUGAGUAUUCCCAGUGUGGUGAGCGAGCACGAGGCCUUCCUGCCCAGGGUGAUAUCGCAGCGCCGUUUCUCCAGCCACGCCACCGGCUCGGCCGCCUCGCAGCCCGAGGCCCCCCGCACCACCAUGCUGCCCAGCCACAGUGAACCCAAUGUGCUAGAUGAGUCCCAGGGCCUUCUGCAGGAGGGUAACCUCUCUAGGGUUGCCAGUGUGCAGAGUGAACCGGGCCAGCAGAACCUCCUGAUACAACCUCCGUUAGGAAGAAAGCGUGGCCUCAGACAGCUGCGACGCCCCCUGCUGUCCAUUCCAAAGAAUGAACCACGUGGUCGAUCCGGCGCGCGGCUUUCCACGACGCGCAGGAGCAUCCAGCCCAAGAACAAACCACUGGCGCAUGGAGACCAAAAGAGGUCAGUAACCUUUACAGAGAAUCAAGGCCAGCAGGCGCCUGCCGCGGGGAUGAGCAAGUCCCCGACUCCCAGCGCCGUGGACCCUCCGGCCGAGGGCAGGAAGGCCAGUCCUGCCGCUUCCAAGUCCCCCGCGCUGGAGGUGCCCUCCGCCUCCUCAGCCACAGUCACUGCUGACCUGCACAGCCCUGCUAACACACAGGUCCCUCCAGCCAUAAGCAGCAAGGAGAAGAGAGAGCAGUGGGGGCUCCGCAGCAGCCUCUCCCCUCCUCCCUCCAUCUCCCGCCCCUCCACCCCAACGCCCCCAUCCCGAACCUGUUCCCCGCUUCCCCUCUCCCGAACCUGCUCCCCUCUCCCCUUGUCCCGCACCUCCUCUCCUCUCCCUCCGCCGCUCCCAGUGCUGGGCACGGCGCCCGCCCCGGGCCCCCCGCCGCCGCCCCCGCUGCCGCCAACCCCGCUUCUCCCUCCGCCUCCUCCGGGGCCGUCCAGGAUCAGAGAGAGCCCCGGGGACGAGGACACAACCGCGCUCCUGCCGCGCAGCAACGCCCUGCUGCGGCUCAGCGAGGACGACGGCACAGAGAACCCCCUCCUCACCCCGCUGCUGUCCCCUCCCUCGCCCCGCCGGUCGCCCCGCCGGUCGCCCCGCCGGUCGCCCCUGCCCCUCUCCCCCGUCGACCUGGACCUGGAUGAGUCCCACGUGUGAGUGGGGUGACAGGUGGAUUGUAAUUGUUCUAUCUGUAACCCAAGCCGAACGCCAUACAGAUACCCGCAGGGUGCAGAUGACGGGGAGGCUGCGUGGCGUAGAUUUCAAAACAUUUAAGAGGAGAAACGGAAAAAGUAAAGCGUGCGUUUGAAAAGAAGUUAAGGUACAAACAGGAGAAGUGCGGGCUUCUGUUUCUCUCUCUACAACUACCCCUGCCUCUUCAAGUGUGGCGAUAACCCACCGCCUGUCUGUAGCCCCUCAGUGUUCGCCCAGACCCUAAGAGCCAUUUCUGUUCUCCCCUCGGCUUUCCCCUGAAACCAAACUGCUCUCUCCUCGCUCUAGUUCUUAAGUUUUUGACUUCAAGUGUCCCUCCUUAAUGUACGAAACUCCUUCCUCUGCCCGUCGGCCUCCUGCUGUGUCUCUUCAGUGUUGGAUAUCGACAUCAAAAUCAUCAUUGUGCCCCAUCCGUUCUUCAGGCCACAUGACCCUGAGGGUUGAAUGUAUAUUAUAGCAGCAAAUCGACCUUAUUUGCUCAUCUCCAUCACGGCAACAGUUGCGUUCGGACGCCGGAUGUUUUACGUCGGUCUGUGCCAGCUAUUUCACCCCGAGAUCAAAAGAUUUAUUUUUCAAGCUAUAUUUUAUGUCAUACAUAGUAUUAAUAAUGGUGAUGAAUACUGACUUAUGAAAGAUCAGAACUGGAAAAGGAUUGAUAUUUAACUAAUUAAGGCUUCUAGUCGAUUUGAAUGUUACAGAUAUCUAUAUUGAGGAGAUCUAUACAAAUUUAAAAAGAAGAUGCUGUAAUUUGUAUAAAAUGCUGCCAAGGAGGGAAAAUGCAGAAUUUGUAUGAACAGUAUAUUAAGAGCCAUUCUAAAGCUGGAGGGGGGGUGAUGGCCUUUUUUUAAAUGAAGCAGGUGUUAUACAGUAUAUAUACGAUACAAUAUAUGUAUUUAAAACAUUAUAUGUGAUCAUAUGGAACAGGAGCAAGAAAUUAGAGAUUUUAUAUUUUAAAAGGUUAUUUUGAGUUUUUCAAUAUGUCGACUACACUGUAAAAAUGUUCACGGAACAAGUCAAGUAAAUUUGAAAUGAAGCUUUCAGGAGUAAAGGGACAGAAGUUUCGGUUAAAUCCAGCGCUACUCGUUGUAUUUCAGGAACUGUCUUUAAAGGGCCACUCCACCAGUUUAACUUUGAAUCAAGAGGGGUGUUACCCUUCAACGGGAGUACUGCUCACCACAGAAAACCGCACUCCGGCCCUGUAGUCUCUGGAGUUUUGUAUCGCGGCGGGAGUGUAGUUUCCGGAGUUUUGUUCCUGGGCUCUGCAGUUACUGUCAAUUUAAAAGCUUGAUGACACCGUGGGCUUUUUUUUCUCAGGCUUUAAAAAGACGCAGAGGACAUUAUAAAAGAGUUUACCCAGGCUGAGUAGUACUCCCGUCGAAGGGUAAGCUCCUCUUGACAUUCAGAGUAAAGGCGGUGGGGAAACUGCACUUUGCCUUGGUAAUCUAGAAACAAAGGGCCAGUCAGCUACUACGGAAAUGUCCAUUUUCAUUUGGUGGAUCAGUUUGUUAUUUUCCACGUGACUUGUGGCUAAAUCCAAUCAUGAUGGGGGAAAAAAAAACCAAACCAACAAACUGCUAAACUCCUGCUAAAGCUAACCAGCUUAGCAGAGUGGCAGUAACCACCAUCUUAGCUUUUGACCCUGGUGAAAUUCAUGUAAUUUUGUGCAUUUAAAUCACCUUCAAAUUGCAUAUGUAAAUUACACAUUUAAAUAUAUUGAUGUAUAAAUGAAUUUAUUCUAAUCAUUUCAAUAGAAAUACUUAUAGUAGAUGAACACAUAGACACCUGGUAAAACACACACUGGAAAUUAUCAAACGACAUUAAAUUGCUGGAAUACGCCUUUAAGU